AUGAACGUUCGACCUUUUGUUCAGUUAGACAAUCUCAACCCUGCUUUAGACCAUCAAAAGAUAAGAGUCCGUAUCAUAAGACUUUGGAAAUCAUUCAAGUCCCUUCAGAUGGUCUUCGUUGAUAGUGAUGGUACAAGGAUACAUGCAUCUAUUGAAGAUGGUUUGGUCAGCAGGUUUCAAAACCAACUCGCUGUCGGCGAGUCAAAAAUAGUCGACACGUUCAGCUUAGUGGAUUAUGAUAAUGUAAUCGGCCAAAUCGUCAGUGUUGGAAAUCUUGAUAGCGUCAAAACAAAAGGAAAGGAUAAUGUCAAAUUGAGCUCUGAUGCUGUUGAUUUAAUACAACUUGAUGAUGACCCAAGCCCUCAGAAACCCAAAGUGACAUUAUAUGAGGAGUUUUUCAUUGUGAACGAAAAGAGUAUUAUGGACCAAAUCGUUUAUGCACUUGAGGCGCGAACAUGUGUGACAAUCGCGACAAUUCACUCUGUUGAAGUGUUGCCCAAAUGGUAUUAUAUUGCCUGUAAAGUUUGCAAUAAGAAGGUGCAGCCAUAUCCACCAGAAUCUCAAUCUGGAAAGGAUUUACUUUAUAGUUGUGGAGUUUGUGAUUCUGAUGUUAUGGAAGUUGAUUACAAUUCGCAAAAGAUUAAGCUGCUCUUCUUUGACGGUCUUGCCCAACUAUUUAUUGGAAAAAAAGCAGAAGAACUAGCUUUGGAAAAACCUAAAGACGAUACUGCACCUAUUCCUGGAAGUCUCUCUGCCUUGGUAGGGAGGACUAUGCUGUUUAAAAUUUCGAUUACAAUCGAGAAUUUAAAAAGUGACAAGUCUGCUUAUGUUGUCGAAAAGUUUUGGGAAAAGGAAGACAUGGUUGUGAAAUUUGGAAAGGAACUAUAUGGAAGGAAUGAACUUUCGAAUAAUUCUUUGGAUCUCGACGGCCAUAAGUUGCAAAUCGCACCAGCUGAAAUGAAUUUGACUUCAUCUAAGAGAGAUCAUACAGACAGCAAUGUUGGAACGACUGGGGGUCAUAGCAUGAUGACAAGGAAAAAAAUCAAAACUGAAUCUCGAGAUUGA